AUUCCUCGUCCAUAGCCACACGUGACGCGCUGGAGUCGCAGGCGGAGUGCUGCAUCAGUGAGCACGGACUAUGGAGCUGAAGAUGAGGUUAUGUGUGGCACUGCUCUCUCUGAGUCUGUGUAUGGGCCUCAUGGGUCAUGUGAGGGCGCAGGACGAGGCCGAUGACAUGGAGAUGGACGUGGAAGAUGCCAUGGAUGACAUGCAAGAGGAAGACGUUGAAGAAGAGGAACAGCAAGUCCCCACUCCUCCGCCAGUGCCCACGGUGACAUAUAAAGCUCCAGAGCCGAUGGGAGAGCACUUCUUUGCUGAGUCAUUUGAUAAAGGAACACUUCACGGAUGGGUUUUAUCCCAGGCCAAGAAAGAUGGCAUUGAUGAGGAUAUUGCUAAGUAUGAUGGUAAAUGGGAGGUUGAGGAGAUGAAGGACACUAAACUCCCAGGCGAUAAAGGUCUGGUGUUGAAAUCUAAAGCUAAGCAUCACGCCAUCUCUGCACUCCUACUGCGACCUUUCACCUUUGACACCAAACCGCUCAUCAUCCAGUACGAGGUGAACUUUCAGACUGGCAUUGACUGUGGCGGUGCUUAUGUUAAACUGCUGUCUCAAACCCCUGAUCUUGAUUUGGCGGAGUUUGUGGAUAAGACUCCAUACACCAUCAUGUUUGGGCCUGAUAAGUGCGGUGAGGAUUACAAACUUCACUUCAUCUUUAGACACAAGAACCCAAAAACCGGCGAGUUUGAGGAGAAGCAUGCUAAGAAGCCCGAUGCAGACCUCCGCACGUACUACACCGACAAGAAGACUCACCUCUACACACUUGUGCUGAACCCUGAUAACAGCUUCGAGAUCCUGAUCGACCAGACAGUGGUGAACAGCGGCAGUCUCUUGAAUGAUAUGUCUCCUCCCGUCAACCCACCGGCCGAGAUCGAAGACCCCGAUGACCACAAACCAGAGGACUGGGAUGAGAGACCCAAGAUCCAGGAUCCAGAUGCUGUCAAACCAGAGGACUGGGACGAAGACGCUCCUGCUAAGAUUCCUGAUGAAGAUGCUGUGAAACCUGAUGGCUGGUUGCACGAUGAGCCGGAGUACAUCAGUGACCCCGACGCUCUCAAACCAGAAGACUGGGAUGAGGAUAUGGAUGGCGAGUGGGAAGCUCCUCAGAUCCCCAACCCUGUCUGUGAAACUGCCCCCGGCUGCGGCCCAUGGGAGAGACCAACGAUCGACAACCCCAGCUACAAGGGCAAGUGGAAGCCUCCUAUGAUUGACAACCCCAAUUAUCAGGGAGUGUGGAAGCCCAGGAAGAUCCCUAACCCAGACUUCUUUGAGGACCUGCACCCGUUCCGUAUGACUCCAUUCAGCGCAGUCGGUCUGGAGCUCUGGUCCAUGUCCUCUGAUAUCUUCUUUGACAACUUCUUCGUCACCUCCGAUCGUAAUGUGGCCGAGCGCUGGGCGAAUGAUGGCUGGGGUCUGAAGAAAGCAGCCGAGGGAGCUGCAGAGCCCGGACUGGUGAAUCAGAUGAUAACAGCUGCUGAAGAGAGGCCCUGGCUCUGGAUAGUCUACGUCUUGACCGUGGCUCUGCCUCUGGUUCUCAUCAUCGUCUUCUGCUGCACCGGAAAGAAGAGCUCGGCGUCCACAUCAGCUGCCGAGUACAAGAAGACGGACGCACCACAGCCAGACGUGAAGGAGGAAGCCGAGGAAGAGGAAGAUGAAGCCAAGGAAGAGGAAUCAGAAGCAAAGAAAAGUGAAGAAGAGGACUCCCCAGGAGAAGCAGAGGAGGCAUCAGAGAAUGACAAAGACGACAAAACAUCCAAUGAGAAAUCAGAGGACGACAUUCUGAGAAGGUCUCCCAGAAACAGGAAAGUGAGAAAGGACUAAUGGACUUCCUGAAUCUAUAUAUCCCAACAUCCCGCUCCUGAUCCUGCUCCGUCUUUCCUCCCCUCCUUCCCCGUUCUUCUCCAUCCUUGCCGCCAUGAUGAUGGUCAGAGCGAAACAGUGCGGUCUGCCACUCGUCCAGCAGCCAAACGAACGCCUCCUCGAGCGGCCUUGAGGAUGUCAAAGGUUACUACAGUGACGACGACGCUCAAAUAGCAUAGAAACUUUCUCCAUAACUAAAAAAGGAAACACAAUUUUUGUUACCAUUCCUGAACUGUGCAUACAACGAGCAUACUCUCAGCUGUCACACACACACACACACACACACACUUCCAGACAGUGUUCCUGUACCCUCACCCAUGAUCACACUAUGGCACACUUGAUAUUGUAAGGUUUACAAGCUAGCAGCUUUAUUCCUUAGUUCUAGAAUUCCUCAAGAAGCCAUAGGUGAUAGGCAAUUGAUUGGAUAUAUUCAUUAUAUACUACAAAACCGGCCACUUUGAUUGCUUGGAAAUGCACCUAGCUUUUAACAUAUAAAUAAGAUGUUUUCAUUAUUUUCUAUUCCAUGAGGUUCAUCAUUUUGUUGUGGCAUAGACUGGGCGUCCAGUAAAAGGCCAAACCAUGACCUUAACUCAGCCAGACGUGGUGCACGCGCUCAGUAAGGUAUCCAGGGAGAAUGCCAGAUAGAUUCAUAGGUUGUAGUGUACUGCCUUACUUGUAGGACAGAAGAUUUGCUAAUAUUUUUUUCUGUGAAUGUACUGUGAGUUUUGUCUUUUUUCUUCUUUUGUUUUUGCUAUUCAAAUGGACUUUUUACUAAAUCAUGGAUUGCUGUACAAAUGUGUUUUCUGGUCUUGAACUGAUGUAGAUUCUAACCUGUUCAGCCCAAUAACAGGACGAUGGACGGUUUUUACUUUCUUGCCCUCGUUGAUAUAACUGUGGAACCUUUACUUUUUUUUUCCUCACUGUGAUGUUAUAUCCUGUCCAGCCAAUAUUAGCAGCAGUAGCAGCUUCCAUCAAGUUGAACCAAUUUUGUUCACACCACAAAAGAGCGAGGACUAAAUGACUGUUUAAUGUAAGAUGACUCCAAUUCCAAAUCAAGUGUUUGAGGGUGAAUCUCGUGUCACAUUUCAGCCUGAAGACAAAAGACAACAAAAUAAUCAGUUGUGCAAAAAACACCUCAUGUACUUCGUAAGUUAGUUUUUCUGCGGAAGGGUGAAAUGUGGCAUGGACUUAGUGAGAUUCACUAUUUAAAAACUCUGUUUUCUAGUAAGUGUCGUUCAAAGACAGAACAAAACUAUGUCUUGGGUGUAAAGCAAGCUGUUAAAGUUAUUUCCUCAUCCGUUUCACUCUGCCCCUGAAUAUUUGACCCCAAGGAUAUGAAAAAGGCACUAUUGGGGGCUUACCCUGAUCUAACGUAAACUAGUGUAGUUUUGCUAGUAUUCUAGAAGUUACUUGUUUAUACUCUCAAUGUGGCAAACUGGCCUCAUCUGUUCCUAUUCCAUCGAAGCAGUCUGGCGAGAUGCCGUAACGUGAGCUCUACCCCAAGACUAACGAAGAGUUGGCACUUUCAAAGGUAACUGAGAAAAAUAAAAUCACACACGCAGGCAAUAUAUGCUGCUCUGCUCUUAAUAUCUCGCUUUGUUUUCUAUGAUGGGCAUCAUCUCCCAACUGUAAAUGUCCCGUCUGUACACCUGUGUUUUGGGCUGUUUUUGUCUUUCUUUUCUUGUCUUUUGGAUUACUGUAAUUUCACAAAUGUAGGUAAUUAAUAGUGUGGAUGGAUAGAAGGAUGGAAAAGCAAUGGAUCGAGUGAUUUAACUGGCAUCAUUGAAGUUACGAUAUUGAGAUCAUGAGUCUGGGCGAUGAUUCUGGUCUUGCUGGGACGGUUUGGGAAAAAAUCCAUCAUGUUACUCACAAACUAAAAUAAAAUAAUGAUUUGAACGUUU